CAACUUGCCGUCCUUGAAAUACCCCCAAGCCGCCAUCCCGAUGCGCCCUGACGCCCUCUUCGCCUGAGUUCGAGACCGUCGAUUCGCCCCUCCGAGCGCGUGUCCAGCCGCCCUCCGCCCUCCGACCCCUACCAACACCGCGCGUCAAUACCCACCAGCCGUCGACCGUAUGCCUGGAUGGACGACUUUUGCGACCGUCGUGAACUGCAGACUUGACUGCAGGUGAAAACCUCCUCUACGCUCUGUGGACGGGUUGGACUGGCGGCCCGGGUCGAGUUGGGGUCUGGCGUCGUCUGGUUACCCUCGUCUCCAUGGCCUCCGUGACUGUCGCAUCUGACUCUGCGGGUCUGGAAUCGAUGUCCAUCUCGAGCUCAGCCUCGCCUUUAGAUUCCAUAUCCACUGUAGAAUCGACGACGACGACAACGACGACAUCGCCAUGGUCCACAACGACGGAGAAUCAUGAAGACAAUCAGACGUUCCCCCCAAUGACAACCCAUUGGCAGGCGCCGCAGAGUUGCACCUGGACCUAUAAUGUCGACACCAAUCUGAGCUCAAGUAACUCUGGUGCCGUCGCAUGGUUGGACUUGGAGCCGAUCGCCGGUGCGAGUACUCUGUCCUGCUACCCCGAUGGCAUGUUCUUCCAGGGUCGGACAGGCGUCUUCAGCCCCGGCACAUGUCCCAACGGAUGGACGACUGUGUCGCUUCGGGUCAACACCAACGAGGUUAGAGAUGAGGCGACUACCACGGCCAUAUGUUGUUCAUCAGAGUACUACUUGGAUGGCGAGCAGUGCAAGCGAACCGUUCCGACGGUUUUAGCGGUACCGAUUACCUACAACCACACUGCACACACUUACGAGAUUAUGUCGGACUCGACGACCACUCUGUAUAGCGCAACGAUUGCCGUGUAUACUAUCAGAGCUUUAUUUCAGGAGGACGACAAAGCCAGUCUUGGUUUGAAGGACGAGGAUGAUAUUGGAACUGAAGAAGACCCUAAAGGGUUAUCCUUGGGAGCACGAAUAGGAAUCGGCGUCGGCGUUGCCAUGUUCGUGUUGCUUGUCAUCGCAGGUGGCGCAAUUUUUAUUAUUCGCAGAGACAGGGCUCGCGCCAAGAAGAAGCGAUCACAUGAGCUGAAUGCCAUGUCAAGAGGAGAUGGAAACGAUGCCGGCAAUGACUUAUACGUGGUGGGUGAAAUGCACGAAACUAGAGACCGGUGUGGCGACCUUCCAGAGCCAUACCCCACAUACGAGGUUGCCACUGACGCGGCCAGCAUGACGGACAAUGGGAGCCGUCUCAGCGGAGACACAGCAACGAGGGAUGACGAGAUAAGGGUGUUGAGAGAGCAAAAAAACUCGAUCCAGCGGCGCAUCGAACAGUUGGAGCAGAGCGAAUCGAGCCAGAACCAGGACCAGGACCAGAACCCGGGCCAAACCCGGUCAUGA